AUGAUACCUUCUCGGCCGCUGCCAUGCAGCGAAGAAUUCUCGACGCCGGAAGAGUAUAUCGAAGCUCUAUUUGAAUUCGCCCGGAACACAGAUGUAUUCCAAAUCCUCUGUGGAGGCGUUCAUAUUCUCGACUUCUUCACCUCGGAUCCAGGCAUCUUCCACUCAGCGCUGCCAGACGAAUGGAAAGAAUUCUUGUUGUCGAGGUUCUCUCUGAGGAGAGAAUUCACACCACGACAGCAGAAACUGCCGGUUCUACCAAAGUCAGUCUCUGUAGGGAUGAAGCCCAAAAAAAUCCACGAGGUUGUCAACUUUGCAGACUAUGUUGAUGCCCUCUCGGAGGACAUUUCUCAGCAGACCGGGAGCGAGAUAUCCCACUUCGUGGACUUUGGCAGUGGCCAGAAUUAUCUUGGUAGGGCUCUCGCCUGCGAGCCUUAUAACCGUCACGUUGUGGCUGUGGAAGGCAGAGACCACAAUGUCACGGCAGCCAAGGUGUAUGAUUUGACUUCCAAAUUAGCUGUUCGGCCCAAGAUGAAGAGGAAUAAGAAGAUGUGGAACAAGGCAUUGGAAACUCUCAGCCCAGAGGAGCAAAAGAAUCAGGAGGCAGUACAGGCAGCUAUCAAGCAGGUCGAGGGGACUGAAGAUUUUGAGUUUCAGCCAAUGAACAUUCACGAGGCCGAGUACGUGGCUGAAGAAGGGAAAGGAGGUGUUCAAUACAUCUCAGGAAGGCUGGAUAGUGGCGAUCUCUCAGAAGUUAUAGAGGGUAUCCAACACAGAAAGCUCAAGGAUGGAUCUGAGGAAGACCUCAAUCUAAUGGCCGUCUCUAUCCAUUCCUGCGGCAACCUGUCACACUACGGCAUUCGAUCUCUCAUCAUGAACCCCGAUAUACGAGCUGUUGCAAUUGUCGGUUGCUGCUACAACCUCCUGACAGAGAAACUGGGACCCCCAAGUUACAAGCAGCCCUACCUACGACCCAGUCUUCAGGCGCUCAACGGCAGAAUUGUCCGCGAAUCUGAAAAGCGAGAUCCGCAGGGCUUCCCUAUGAGCCAGCAGUUCUCGUCUUACCAAGGUGACGGCAUUCGCCUCAACAUCACGGCCCGCAUGAUGGCCUGCCAAGCACCACAGAACUGGACACGAGUAGAGAGCGAAGGCUUCUUCACCCGACACUUCUUCCGGGCUGUUCUGCAGCGAAUAUUCUUGGACCGUGGCGUGGUAACCCGCGUUUGGCACGAUGAUUCCGUCAAAGAUGGCCAAGACGAGGAGCAGGCAAGCCCCUUUAACAUGAGCACGAACCCCGUGGUUAUCGGAUCGCUGCGCAAAAGUUGCUACGGAUCGUUCAAGGCCUACGUGCGGGGAGCCGUGGAGAAGCUGACGACGAGCACGGAAUACAAGCAGUACGCGGCCGUGAUGAACGAGAAGAUGGCGGACAUAUCAGAUGCGGAAAUCGAAAAGUACGAGGCCAUGUACGAGCCGCGGAAGAAGGAGCUGUGCGUGAUUUGGUCGCUGAUGGCACUGAGCGCGGCGGUGGUGGAAUCGCUCAUCGUGGCAGACCGGUGGACGUUCCUAAAGGAGCACGACGACGUCGUCAAGCAUGCCUGGGUGGAGACGGUGUUUGAUUAUGGUGAGAGCCCAAGGAAUCUGGUGGUUGUUGGAGUGAAGAAGGAUGGUGUUUAA